AUGGACGGCGCAAGCUGCGGGCCGGCGCGGCCUAAACGUGUGCGCGGCGAGCGGCAGCGACUACAGGACGCGCAGUGGCGCCAGCGCAAGAAGAACGAGCGUCAGCAACUGAAGGACACGGCGCUGCAGCAGGAGGCGCAGUUGGCUCAGCUGCGGCAAGACAGCAAUGCCUACGUGAGCCCUGCCGCCAGUCCUGUAGCUAAGCGGAGGAAGAGCUGCUGGCUGCUGCACCUGGCAGGAGAAGGCAGAUGCCCUGAAACAAGAGAGGAUACAGGCAGAGAUGCUCAACGUUACGCUCAGGAAGGCGGUGGCUAA